AUGAAUCCACACAAACAGCUCGCUUCUGCCGUGGUGGAGAAUAUCAAGAAACUACCAUCGUUUCGCAAGAUUCCCGUAAAUAGACUUUGGCUCCUUGCCAACGACCUUUCCUUGGUCGUGCUAGGAAUCAGAACUGGCUAUCUGCUAGAUGCAUUCGCGGUCCCGAAUCCUGUCGAUACCUUUACUUGCUUGAUCAAUCAGCUAAGAAUGCAUAGGCCUGAAUUCAGCUUCAUCGUGCAUAUCUAUGAGCCUACCUCUGAUCAAUCGUUCUUCGUGAACAGUCAUCUAUUCCAGCGAAUGCAUCAGUGUUCAAGCUUCAGCGUGAGCUUGCAGCAGGAUCAAUCCUGUUGUCCGGACUACACAUCAUUCGUCUUACUGAGCGAAUCACCAGCCUUGUUAUCCAAUCCGCCUGAUGACCUGCGGGAAUCGAUCAACAACUUGUGUGAUGCUAUCGCCUCCACUCGUGGACCUUCAAUAUCACUGCCCGAUGGUCUCACACAGCAGAUCGUCAUCCCUAUGGCAGCAUUUUUGCUUGAAUACCCCGUAGCUUACAUCCCGCCCUCAUUUGAUCAAGUAACCUCCCUCAAUAGCACUUCGCUCACCGUCUAUGAGGGUUCGUUGCAUUUCGCCUCACAAGGAACCCAGCCAUCGUACCAGCAUACUGUGAUCAAAUUCUCCUGUCCUACUGCAUUAACAUCCCAACAUCGCCUACUGUCGCCCGACGAUCUGCAAGAUAGAGUGACAGCCCACUUUCGUUCCCGGAUAGCAGAGGCUGGCUUGUCCCCAUCGACAUCGUUCAUAGUAGAGCGCAGUAUCCAGAUGCAUGAUCGAGUCGGACUCUGA